AACGGGGUUUAAACGUGAAAUUGGGUCGGAGUGCAUCCACUGCUGCCCCGAACUAUUUCCAAGAGUAAAGGAUUUUUAAUAAUGAUGGACAUGAAACCAAAGAAUUUCUCUCUCUUGAUGAUGUCCGGAUUACAGAAAAGGUUCUAGUCCAAAGAGCUUGAAUUAGAAACAAAAUAUGUAUUUAUUUUUCAUCAUCGAGAGCGUAUCGAUGUAAUGUAUUCAUAGAUCGAUAAGCCCACCCCUGGUCUAGUUUAUUGUUUACUUUUAUAUUUUAUUUAUUUAUUUUAAUAUUUUGUACUUUGUGAACUUAUUGUGACCUAAAUUUUAAAUACAAAUUCAUAUAGUAAUCAUAGUAGUUUAUGGAAAGAUAAAUUAAAAUGAACUCCCUAAAAGUUCAUCAAAACAGCUACAAAAACUCUGAAAGUUGGACCGACGACUUGCCUGUUUGCAAAAACACUGGCAUCGGCUUUUCCACCAAUCAAAUAUACAGGGAAGACGGUCAUCCUCAAGAAGAACACCUUUACGAGGACUACAGCUCACAUUUUCGCUUCAAUGAUCAGUUUUAUUGGUACGCUGUAUUUGAUGGUCACGAAGGCAAACGAGCGGCGGACUUUUGCUCUCAAAGAAUGACUGCCGAAAUAUAUUUUUCCCAAAUAAAUGAAAAACAGUCUGAUGAAGAAAUCAGGGAAUUGCUAAGGCAGGCGUUUUUAACUGUUGAAGCUGGUUACAUGGAAAGUCUUGGAGAUUUGCUAGCUGAAAGAACUUGUCUCCAAUAUGAAAUUCCUGAUGGCUUAAGUACUUAUGAGGCAUAUCAAAAAGUUCCACAUGUUAUGGAAAAAAUAAAAAGCCUCAAUUGUGAAUUGGCAUCAGGAUCUGCUACAGCAGUAGCACUGAUUUGCAAAAACAAAUUAUUUGUAGCCAAUGUUGGAAACUGCAGAGUUUUACUAUGCCAGACUGAUGCCAAUUCGGUUUUGAAAGUUGUACAACUCAGUAUCGAUCAUGAUUUGCAAAACGAGGAUGAACUUUUAAGGCUUUCUCAGAUUGGAAUCAAUCCACAUAAUCUUAGGAACAGUUCAAGAUUAGGUAACCAAGAAAAUACAAGAUGUUUGGGUAAUUAUGCCAUUAAAGAUGGGUACAAGGACUUUGAAGAUUUAUCAAAGGCCACACAAGAACCAGUCAUCUCUGAACCAGAUGUCCAUGGUGGCAUUAUUCUAGAUGAAUCUUGUAGAUUUUUGCUUCUAAUGACUGCUGGCUUAUAUAAAUCUGUUGAAGAAUCCAUUGGUCCUGAACAAGUUAAUAGGCACAUUGCUCAGUGGGUUGUAGAACAGUUUCGCGAACAAGCUACCCUUACAGGAGUAGCUCAAGCUGUAGUGGAUAAAGUCGUCCGGCUACAUCAUGAUUGGUACAUGUCAAAUUCUUUCAAUCACUCCUGUACUCCAAAAAGGGAAGAUAUAACUUUGGUAUUGAGGAAUUUCAAUUAUCCAUUACCUAAUGCAUUAAAGUCCCCAACAAAACCAACAGUGCAAUUUAAUCCAUUGGUUAUUGCAAAUGAUAUAACAAACAGUAAUAAUUCUACUCAACAUACCCUCACCAACUUGAGCACAAUCAGUAAGACAAAUACCACAACUAGUUCGGAAGCAAAAACUGAAUCUGAAGACGAUAUUGGACCUGAUCAGAGGAUUCCUGCCUAUGUUGAUUUUGGAGAUUUCUAUAAGAAUUUUGAAGAAGCAAAGAAAAAUGGAACUUUAGCAAGUUGUUUAGAAUAAAUCUUCCUAAUGUAAAUAAUUAUUAUACUUCCAUGCCCAGAUGAAAGAAGGCUCUCAAUGUCCUUAUCAUAUUUACAAUGUGAAGUUUUUGAGAUGAUACCAAAAUCAAAAAUAUUGUUGUACUGUGAAGUGCUUCUCUCAAUAAUGUCUGCUUCACCUUUAUUAAAAAAGUCUUUGGAGAUUUGGAAGAGGAAAAAUGAAAUAAAAUGUUUUACAUAAGUACAUAAUAAAACAAAAUUUAUUCCUGUAACGCUAAGCAAUUACUUUGGUAGUUUUGCAUGGUGGAAAUGGAUUGGGGGUUGCGAAAAGAGGCAAUUUAAUUGAAUACUAACAAAGAGUGUAUGUCUUUUAGUUUGGAUAUCUGCUUCUGCUAAAUCAAUACUAAGCCCAUUCCAACUCCAAAUUUUCUUUUUUAUCUGUUUCUCACUAAGCACCACAGAUGGUUUUUCCUUUUUGAUGAUUUUAAGAUUUAUUCAUAAAUGGAGAUAGUAUUAGAUUUCAACAAAAUACAUUCAUGUUCAUCAAGAGCCAUUCUAUUAAUUCGAACUCUAACAUCUGGUACUGUUUGCCAAUAUUUUCCACAAGCCACUUUUUCUCCCGUUUCUUGAUGGUCUUGAAAACUUCCCUUAUUCCAAGUGGUUAUAAGAUUUGUUAAAAUGAAUACAACAUUGUGUUCAUUGGCGAUGUAUCGUAAAAUAUUGGCUAAAUGAUUCAGCAUGUGAUUCCGUUCUGUAACAUCUUUUGUGCCCAAAAAUAAUGAUGGUAUUGUAUGAAUUACAAUUAUAUCGGCACAUAAUUCCCCGUUUUCUAGUUGCUUUUUGAUAUUGAAUAGUUCACUUAUGAGCAUAUAUUUAUUGGAAAUAUGCUUGACUGAGAUGUUCUUUAAUAGGUUCCAACAUUCUUCCUGAAAUUUAAAUAGUAUGUCAUUUGGAAAAUGC